CUAGUUAAGAAUUCUAUGGACACAUUGUAGGUGUACAUAUACGUUAAAAUAAUUUUGUAGUGUGUACAAAUAGAGAUAAUACAUGUUUAGGUUCUCGUCUGCAUGUAAUGUUCAGUCCGGAUCUUGUGAAGACUAAAUCAAUGUUUUAAACACACAUCUCUGGUACGUGAAACUAACAAUUCUUUUUUGUUUGAAUUCACUAGACAGCCGUCGAUAAUACUAUGACAAGAAGUUUCUUUUUGAAGGAAAGUUCGCGCUGACUUUUCUGUUUUUUGGUUUUUGUUAAACGGUUUUUUGUUUGUUUGUUUGUUUGUUUGUUUGUUUAUCUAUUUAUUAUAACGAUACGCUACAUGUUUCAGAGAAAACGUUAUAUCACUUAUAUCAGGGAAAGAAUCGAUAUAAGACAUGAACUUAUGGAAUGUCACGUCAAUAAGUUUAUUUCAGUAUUAGAAACAUUCUAACACGUUUAUGACUAGCAGGAGGUGACAGAGAACAACAGGACAACACUGUAGCUGAUAAACAGACGAGCAGACGAUUGGUAUGACUAACCACAACAGUGAGCUGACCUGGGAACAAGGGGGCAACGAUGAAAGUAUAGAGGAGAGCUCCAAUCCAUCUCCUUUGUAUUGUUCCACGGAACAUGACGACGUUUUAGCGAUGGAUAACAGCCAGGAAACUCUAGAUCUGCAUGAAGAGGAAAACGUAAGAACUUUACUAUUACAAAAUGGAGAACCUGUCAAUGCGCGUAAGAAAAAGAAAUCUAAACGAAAAAAGAAAAAGAAAACCGGCAGAAAACAAGCGGCUGAGUCACAGGAGGCGGUAGCAGCUAGUGGUACGGUUAUCCACGACAGCGAGUUAACUGGAAAACAACAGGGUAACACGGAUACAACAAAAGAAACUGACGAUGAAUAUAAGAAAUCAACGAAUGAGGAGGAUGAAACUGACGGGAAACAAACGGCCGAGUCAGAGGUUAUGGCCGAGUCACAAGUUACAGCCGAGUCACAGGUGACGGUCGAGUCAAAGGAUACAGUCGUGUCAUUGGUUACAGACGAGUCACAGAUAACAGCCGAGUCACGGGUGACGGUCGAGUCAAAGGAUACAGUCGUGUCAUUGGUUACAGACGAGUCACAGACAACAGCCGAUUCACAGAUAACAGCCGAGUCACAGGAGGAAUGUUCUAGUUCGAAGGGACGUGACGUUGACCUAUUGACGAUUCCUGUCCAGGAAACUAUUGAUAUGGAGAAACAAGAGAUGACUACAGCGACCGGUAUGUCUACCAACGACAGUGGUGUUACCGGGGAACAACAGAGCAACAUUGAUGAUAGAGAAGAACCUGUCACUUCGCGAAAGAAAAAGAAAUCUAAACGUAAAAAGAAAAAGAAAAACAGAACUGAACAAACGGAAGAGUUACAGGAGGCGACAGCAGCUAUUGGUACGAGUACCAACGACGGAGAGUUAUAUGGAAAACAGCAACACAAAAGUGACACACUAGAGGAGAGUUCCAAUCAAACCUCAGUUUUAUAUUCAGUGGAACAGGCUGACAUCUUAGCAAAGGGUCUCUACCAGGAAACUGUUUUUACAGAGGAACACAAAGAGAAAGAUAAAACUGGCGGAAAACAAACGGCCGAGGCGCAGAUUACAGCCGAGUCACAUAUUACAGCCAAGUCACAGAUUACAGCCGAAUCACAUACAUGUAUAACAGCCGAAUCGCAGAUGGCGGCCGAAUCACAGGUGACAGUCAAGUCACAUGGAAAGGAGGAGAGCUCCAAUCCAUCUCCUUUUUAUUGUUCACCGAAACAUGACGACGUUUUAGCGAUGGAUCACAGCCAGGAAACUGUGCAUACGGAGGAAAAUGAAGAACCUGUCACUUUGCGUAAGAAAAAGAAAUCUAAACGAAAAAAGAAAACCGGCAGAAAACAAGCGGCUGAGUCACAGGAGGCGACCGCAGCAGCUAAUGGUACGGUUAUCCACGACAAAGUGUUAACUGGGAAACAACAGGGAAACACGGAUACACCAAACCACACUGCCGAUGAGUUUAAGAAUUCAACGGGAGUGGAAGAUGAAACUGACGAGAACCAAACGACCGAGUCACAGGUUACAGCCUCACAGGUUACAGCCGAGUCACACGUUACAGCCGAGUCACAGGUUAUAGCCGAGUCACAGGUAAUAGCCGAGUCACAGGUUAAAGCCGAGUCACAAGUUACAACCGAGUCACAGGUUACAGUCGAGUCAACGGUUACAGCCGAGUCAAAGAUAACAGCGGAGUCAGAGGAGAUGACUGCAGCGACCAGUAUGCCUAUUAACGACAGUAAGAUUACCGGUAAACAACGAAGCAACAAUGAUAAUGGAGAAGAGCCUGUCGCUGCGCGUAAGACACAGAAAUCUAAACGAAAAAAGAAAAAGAAAACAAGCACUAAACAAGCGGCUGAGUUACAGGAGGCGACAACAGCUAUUGGUACGAGUACCAACGACGGAGAGUUAUCUGGGAAACAGCAACACAAAAGUGACACACCAAAAAAGAAGGAUAAAACUGGCGGGAAACAAACGGCCGAGUCGCAGAUUACAGCCGAGUCGCAGAUUACAGCCGAGUCACACACAUGUUUAACGGCCGAGUCAAAUGUUACAGCCGAAUCACAGAUGCCGGCUGAAUCAAAGGUUACAGUCGAGUCGCUGGGAAAGGAAGGAGCUUUAUCGAAGGAACUCUGUCAGAAAACUCUUGUCUUGGAGAAACAGGAGGAGUGUUCAAGUUCUACCCCCAAUAAACGUAGUAUGGAAAAUAACAACGACUUACCGAAGGAUCCUUGCCAAGAAACUGUAUCCGCGGAGAGACUUACGAAGGAAGGACCCAUUACUCAACACAAGGAACAGGUGUAUGAAAGAAAAGAAAACGAAACCAAUAGAAAGCCAACACCCGAAACACAGGAGGCGACUACAGUGGCUGGUAAGACUACCUUUGACGGAAUAUUACAUGGAGAACAACAGAACGACACCAGUACCCGUAUGAGGAGCUACGCUGAUUGUGUGAAGACAGGAAAACUAAAAAGUAAAACACCAAAAUACACAAAAGAACGUAAAGAUACAACCAAAUCAUUUCCUCUAACAGGAAGGUUAUAUUCCACUACAGCGGAGUCCGAUGCAGAAUCUAUCGUUUCAUUCCAGUUUGAUGAAGAGGAAGAUGACUUUGACGACAGUGAUGUGGAAAUAACCGAAGAAAAAGAAAUUGUCUUCGGGGAUAAUACGGAAACUUGGUUUGAAAAAAGUCGCAACAAGUAUGACUUUCAGGAAAAUGUUUCUGAAACUUCUGAAAAGGAUGUUCUUGACACAAAUGUUCUGACUGAAGGAGUUGAAUUGACAGAUGCUUACAUGGAGAAAUUCACCAGAAAUUCCGAAACCUUAAAACGGCAAGACUUCUAUUCAUUAAGUUCUGCAAAUGAAUUGCUUGCAUUAUGUAAAGAUAAACCCCACCUAUAUGUAUGUUGUAGACUGGAAAUACAGUCCUCGCAUAGUGCAUUGGCAACGCUAAUAAAUCCAAGAAGAAACCUUAAAACAAUAGCAAUUCUUGGUCGAUCAAAAUGUGGACAGGCAUUCACAGAGGAUAAGGUCGUUGUUGAAAUACUUAACAAAAAGAAUUUCAAGAAAGAAACAUCUGUUGUCGAAAGGGAAAAGAAAGAUGCUGAUGCAUAUGGAAAGGUUAUGGGAACAAUUGACAGAGUAAGACAAAAAGAUGUCGAACAUCCUGUUUUUAUUGCUACACAAGAUCCUCAUGCUGGUCAUUUGAUGCUACCGAUAUGCAAAACGAUACCAAAAAUCAGUGUGCUUGCUGAAAACAUAAAGAAAUACUCUCCGAAACAGAGGAUGCACAAAGUCGAAGUUUAUGAAUAUGUUGAAUCUAAAGGGAUACUUCGAUACCAGGGUAUUACGGAUAUAAAACCAGAAGAACGGGAUCAAUACAGAUUUCUUGUAUGUUUCCUGCACUGGGGGAAGAAAUAUGUAUAUCCGCGAGGAGCAGUCAUAGGUAUUGUUCGAACCGAUGGGACUGAUAUAGGGACUGGGUUGAAGAUCAUUGGCAUUCAAAAUCAAGUUCCAACCCUUUACGAUGAACUUACAGUAAGAGAAGUACAGAGCAUAAUUGAAACACACAAUGAACCAGCCAAUGGUUCUCGAGAAGACCUCACAGAACGUGUUGCUGCUUUCACUAUAGACCCUCCAUUUUCGAAGGACUUGGACGAUGCGCUAAGUGUCCUGGUACUUUCAAGGGACACAUUUUUGGUUGGAGUUCACAUUGCUGAUGUUACUGGUGUGGUUUCUUUGGAUAGCAACGUUGACAAGGAAGCGCGAUCUAGAUGUUCCACUUACUACUCGAUUCCACAGGCCAGGGCUCUACAUAUGCUGCCAGAACCACUAAGUCAGGAUAAACUCAGUCUUCUACCCAAUCAAAAACGUGCUGCGAUAUCAGUAUUCUUCACUAUGAAAGAAAAUGGUAUCAUAGUAAAAACACCAGUCAUCCGACGUACUUUCAUACAGUCAAGAAGACGUCUAACAUAUGAGGAAGCCCAAACCAUUAUUCACACCACCACUAGUCCUUGUUCUGAUCCAAUUCACGCACAAAUCAAAUUGCUGAACUUGUUAGCACAAAACAGACGCCGGGACCGCUUGAAAGGAGCACUACACGUAUUCCCAGUAGAAUUAGAUGAUUCAAUCGAGACGAACAAUAUUUUACAGAAUAUUGAGGCUCACAAUUUAGUGGAAGAAUUCAUGAUCAUGGCAAACCACGCUGUUGGCCAAUAUCUUGUUGAGGAAUGUGGUGUUGUUGUUCCUUUAAGGUGCCAGGACGAUCCUGAAAAUGACGCUCUUUCGUCAUGGUUGAAUAAAAACACCUAUUUAGCGGAUAUAAUUAUUGCAUUACAAGACAGGAAGCUGUACACAUCUGCGGGCACGAGAACGCUUAACGUUUCCAAUGUUCCCCCGUCCAGAUAUACCCGCUUAUUGCCUAUUCAAACAUGGGUAUGGAAAGCAAUUGUCGAUGCUGCUGAAAGGGAUGAUAUUCAACGUGUUAAACAACUGAUAGGAAGUGAUGAUCUCCAUCCUCAACAAAGCUUUGCCCUUCAGGAAUGGAUUUCAUUCCAGGAGACCGCACAAUACAAAUGCUCAGGACCAAUGGAACAAUCAAAGAAGGGCGGGUACCACUUUUCCUUGGGUAUAAAUAACUAUGUCCAUUUCACUUCUCCUAUCCGGAGGUAUGUUGACAUUGUGAUCCAUAGGCUUUUACAUGCAGCCAUGGACGGCUUGGACAAGCUACCAUACACAGAGUCAGAAAUAAAUGACAUCUGCAACGAUAUGAAUAAGGUACGGCAACGGUCAAGGGUGUACCAGAAGCAAUGCAACAUGUUGUUACUCUCAACAAAACUGAGGAAAUGUCCGCUGAAGUUAGUAGGAUUUGUCGAGGAUAUGUCUGAUGAAGGAGUGACCUUACAUUUUCCUGGAUUAAAAAACGUCAAAAACCAGAACAGAUUGCUUAGAUUCAGUCUUUUAGACGUGGUUUCGCAGCCACAAAACAGUGUAGACUUAGACCUUUUGCCACCCAAUACAAGUGAGAAAAGAGAGUUAACGUCGGUCAUGUGGCAAAGGCGAAUUUAUCUGCACAAAGGUUUUGAAGAGAAAGCACAGAAAAUUGAACAUAUAGACGAUGAUUCUACAACUGUUCAUAGGGUUGACCCCCACCAACGAACAAUAUUUCUCAAAUAUACAGCAUGGGUAGAGAUGUUGAACAAUUUCCUUGAUAAAAAGGACAGCAGCCUCAUCAACCUGAUCAAAGAAACUGAAAAAGACAUGCAUUUUGGAGCAACGCACAAAUAUGCACAAUCAAGUUUAAAGGCUGUACAGGACGUGAGUUGCCAGAAUCGAACUAGUGAGUUUGUCAACCCGAUAUGCAAAUUCAAGCUUCCAUUCCACUUAAACCAAACUGUUGCUGUACAGAUGACAGCAGACUAUAAUAGAGGAACACUUUCCCCUUACAUACAGGUGUUCGACAUGACUCGGAAUGUUUCAUUUUGCUUACAGCACGUAGAUAACCCUGUGAAAUUCCUUGGAAGAUAUUCAACCGUGCCAUCAAAGCCCCAGUACGGUACCGUGGAAAACUACAUCAAAACGUGGUUACCCAUCGCUCAAAUGGAGUCAGCAAUAAAUGCUGUAAGGAGUCAAGAAUCGGCUACUAUCACUGGUAUUCCAAUACAAUUUCGAGGAAAACGUGGCAAAUUCUAUCUCAAAAUACAUUACUGCAGGAUGCGAGAAAUUGAGUUUGGGAACACAGCUUUGGAUAUCUUUAAAGACGACACCGAAGAAGAUGCACGUGACAAACCGGCCAACGAUUUGAAAGAGAAAGGGGUGCUAAAGGAAAUAAUGUGUUCCAAUUAUCUAUGUAUUCGUUGCCCAGUUAAAAGGAGCAUACCAACGAAACAUAGCAGAUCCGUUCAGGGCAGAAUCGCUGACGAGAAAGUCAUGUGGAUAGGCCAUGGUGAAUUUACACACAUGAGAAAGAGAAAGGUAGACAAAUGUGGACAUUGCUACGAAAUUCACUUUAGGCUCCAGAACGACAACACUCCAGCACCAAUGAAUGAAGCAGAAAUAUCAGAUGGGUGUAACUUGGAGAUACUGAUGAAAUCUAAAGUCGACAGGCGCACUGAGAAUCUUAUGAAGUUGCUUCCAGAGGCGACCUGCUUAGCCACUGCCGUUGCGCUUGCUAAACAGAUACCGAAGAUGAACGAUCUUCAUUAUGAAAUUGCGAAAGAAAUUCCAAGAGAUGUUGAAAUCGGUACGUUGCCAAAGAACAACCACCAACAACGAAAAGCCAUCGAAAAUGCUUUCACAUCCCGCUUCAGUUUGAUUCAAGGUCCCCCAGGCACUGGAAAAACAUUCACAGGGAUCAAGCUCAUCUACCUGUUCAACUUAUUCAACCAACGGUACUUCGAGAGGACCCACGAACGGCGUCAGCUCGUGUUUUCUGGCCCAUCGAACAAAUCUGUUGAUCUUGUUGCAAGACAAGUGCUUCAUCGAUUGUGUAAACACGCUCCAAAGAUUAUCAGAAUGUACGGCCAAGCAUACGAGUACCUCGAUUUCCCAGUUCCAGGGAAGAUAAGUUGCUCUCACAGGAAACUUCGUGACUCUAAACCUGACGAGGAUCUCAAAGAAAGUGGUGUAGUACUCCACCAUGUCAUUCGCGAGGAUGGAAAACCUUAUGCCAACGAAAUAAAGGAGUUUGAUCAACGAUUUCUGAAUGCAUCAUAUACAGCAUCAAUUGAAGAAAUUGACAAAUAUCAGGAAAUUCUCAGCAAAGCAACUAAAGAGGAGUUGAAGAACUACGAUGUGAUCUUCUGUACAACCUCCAUGGCUGGGAACCCAAAGUUGUUGAAAGCUACAAAGGGAAAGGUGUAUCAGUGUAUCAUUGACGAAUGUGGCAUGUGUACAGAGCCAGAAUGUAUGGUACCACUGAUAGCAACAAGAGCAGAGCAAGUGGUAUUGAUAGGGGAUCAUAUGCAACUCCAACCAAUAAUUCUAUGCAAGGAGGCGGGGGAUUUGGGACUCGAGACAUCCUUGUUUGAGCGUUAUGCAAAACUUCAAAAGAAAAUGGAGAAACUGAAUAUGAAAUAUACUAUGCUUGUGUGGCAAUACAGAAUGAACCCCAAGAUAUGCGAAUUUCCAUCGAAGAAAUUUUACGAGAAUAAAUUAAAAACGGCAAAAUCCCCGUACUGGAUGGUGGAACAACCUCUACAAAUCUGGAACAACCCAAGCAGUGAGGAACACGUACCAUUGGCAUUCUGUCACAUUGAAGGUUCUGAGGAAGUCCUGACUGUGUCAACUGAACAAGGCAACGAAAGAUCCAGGAAAAACAAGGAAGAAGCUCAACAUGUGGCUCGAGUUUACAAACAUUUAAUAGAAGUUGAAAAGGUUAAGAUUAACCACAUCCAGAUCAUCACGCAGUACAACGCCCAGCGCCACGCCAUUAAAGAAGCUCUGGUGGAUGAACGGAUUAUCAACACCAAGAUCAACACCGUCGUCAAGAGUCAAGGAUGUGAAUGGGACUAUGUAAUAUUCAGCACGGUUCGUACAUUGCCAAGAUAUCUGAUCGAACACAACCCUACCAUCGGUUGGUGCCGUAAAAACUUGGGAUUCAUCACAGACCAGCACCAGAUCAACGUCGCUCUUACUCGAGCACGUAAAGGACUCAUCAUCAUUGGAAACAAGCACCUGUUACGAUGUGACGAAGUAUGGCGAGACCUGAUCAACAAGUAUGAAUCAGAGGGAUUGAUGUACACACAUCAGGAGUUUCCUCCAUCUCGUCAGCGGCGGCAUGUUCAGCAGUCACGACCCCCGAGAUUUCGAUGACAUGGUUGUGCUAAAAGAACCGUUAUGUCGAUGUCGAUAGUCCGUGACAUGCAAACAUCUAAAUGUGCUAAACACACUGUCACGCCAAACGGAAAUAACAUUUCCUAUUAUACUCAUAAAAUUAUAAAUUGAAUUCAUUGAAUACAUUACUGGACUGAAACUACUUGAAGUACCUGACUUUGAAUUUAACAUACUGUGGGUAACAUAUUCAGACAUCGAUGGUGAUGCAUUGUGUAUGCAAUGAUGCCGGGGACACAGACAACAGCAUUACUUUAGUGCGUGUGCCGUUCUACUUGGUCAAUCGUGUGUCUAUUGUGGUACAGUAUUGAUUGAUUGUGUAAAACAAACACAUUUUGAAUCCCAUGAGCAAUGUGCUACUAUAUCAAUUUCAUGUAGGGAUUACUUUUUUGGCGUAUGCGUAAAAUAGCGCUGAUCCAGCUGACGGAAAAGGAACGAACGUUUCCUGAGGGGGGAUUUUUAUUAUUUUAUUUUAAAAUUUAAAUUUUAUGUGAUACUAUUAGGAUUGUCAAAGAAGGCAUACACGAGUGAGACCAUAUUUUGUCUAUGAAGGUUCUGUUAGAGACCUAGCUUGUAUAGAUUAUUACGCCGUAAAAAAUCGAGACUUUGCUUGUGUGUAUCAUUAAGCCAUGAAAUAAGGUUCCGUUUAAUUAUUCAAAUCGUGAUUAAUUCAGAUUAAUCAUGUUGCUAAAAUUUUCUGAGACGGUAAAAAGCUAUUUACCUAACAAAACUGUUAAUGUCGAGUGCACAAUGAUAUUCACCAUACCGAAGUAACGGACCUUUACCUUUUAUCAUCAUAUGUAAAUAUAUAACCUCCUUUAUAUCAUCAAAUAGUUUAAUAAGGGAAAUCAAUGUUACAUCUGAUUUUACAAACUGUCAAAUGAGAAACGAAAGGGCAAAUAUUCAACAAGGCAGGCGAUUGGAGUUGUUUUCUACUUUUUUAAGAAAUAGGAGAACGAAUUCAACACUGGUCGAAUGAUAAAUAUAUGUAAAAAAUUAUACUAUAUUUUCGCGAUAUAUCUUUCCCAAAAUCAUGUAUUUACUGUAUAUUUACCUAUGAAAAAGAUCUUACGAGAGUUUCUACUCCAUAUCCCAUUCGUCAUGCUUGGAUGAAUCGUCGUGUCAUUUUUUUCAAGCUUCAGCAUCAUUUUUCAAGCUUUAGUUUAUCGGUACAUUAUUGUUUCUUUGUUGUUGUUCGAACACACACUGUAUCAUUGGCUAACGAUGCGGUUAUUGUAAAUUCUACCCUAGGCUUAAGCUUGACGAUGGGCUUAUUUUUUUCAAAUAUUAGUUUUAUCUUAUUAUAUUUCCAUUUUUGUGAUUUAUGUAAUAUUUGUGUUCUAGUGGGGUUUUUUUUUAGAAAGGAGCGGAUUACUCCGAAAACUUGACAAUCUCAUAUUGUGUACUUUGUUGGAUUUACUUUUUUCCUUACCCCAUAUACCAAUUUUUAGUUAUUCAUAUCUUUAAAACAUUCGUUUUCAAGAAUCAAGUGGUUUUUGAGAAGUGACCGUUGAUGCUACUUCAUCGACCCAUAUAUAUAUACAUGCGAGUUAAAAUAUCAGAAUCAUGCAGAUCUGUAAAGUAUUCGUAAUUGCAUUAUCAGUCGUCAUGUGCUUUACACAUAGCUUCAUAUAGAUAAAAGUUUUAACGUCAUUAAUUAAGGGGAUAAUGUAUACUGUGACAUCAUAAAGAGAGAGAUAGGCUAGUGUCUUUGUGUAGCUAUGUGUAAUGUGUAUGAAGAUCGUACCGUUGUUAUUACGUAUGAGACAUAUACAUUACAUACUGCAGAUGGUGCAAAUAGUGUACAGGAAUAAUAUUGUUAUUGUAUUGUUAUUAAUAUGUUUAUUGUCACCAGAAAAUCUGACAAAUAAAUAUCAACAUAACCUGACUGAACAUAACUUUAAAAAUGUUUAUGUAUUAAUUGUUAUGCAUAAUAUUAUACUUUGAAUAUAGAUGAACCUUCAAAGAGGUGAAAGCACUAGGUAGGUACUAAGAAACUCUUGUCAUUUGUUUUUUUUAUAUUGUAUAUUUAUAUGUGCACAUUGUGAAUAUCUACUGAUGGAAGUGACUUAAUGCUAAUUUGAAAACGAAAGUAAUACAUAUGUUGAUUUUCAAUUUUCUUAACCAUAUUAUUGUGAACAUUGCGUGUCGUUAAAUGAUCCUCUGUAUUAUUUACUGGUACGUAUAUGAGUGAUAUAUAUUCGUGUAUUUAUAGAGUAUUUAUAUCAGAUGCAUUAGAAUAUAUAUAUUUUCCGGAUAGACAAUAGAAACCACAUUCAUAAAUUUCAUGACUUUCAUGGAGAGAAUAACAGAUAUGAAAUACUUUUUUAUCAAAAUAUUGCUUUGAGUGUAAAAAUUUUGGAAGCUAGACCAGUAUUCGAACUCCAGACCUCAGAUUGUUAUAAUGUCGCUCUAACCAGAAAAAAAACUACUUAGUCCACGGAAGGAUCCUGGGCAAAUCGCGCUACAGUUAAAAAGAAAUCAAGUUUCUGUAUGUACGAUUAACCUCAGUGUAAUUCCCUUGUGGUUUUUUCUGCAAUGUAACAAGGACCCUUAGUAAAAGUCUACCACAAAAUUUCAGAUUCAGUACGAAAUUUCAGCAAUAUGUUUUUGUAAAAGUUAUAUAAGACAUCAAUUUAAUUAUUUUACUGCUUUCUUUUUAUAUUUAUAGUCCAAAAACUUACUUAUUAACAUCAUUAUAAAAGUAUAUAUAUAUAUAUAUUGAUAAUGAUCUCCGUGUGUUAAUUUUUUUACCUGUUACAUAUGUACUCUUGGUAACUAUGUAACACCACUGUUUUAUCAUUUCGUUACAGAGUGUGAUAUAUCUAUAUAUAUACAGAGUGUGAUACUGUAUAUAUAUAAACAGAGUGUGAU